AGCAAUCGACGCGUCCAGCGAAUAAGGACCACGGACACGGGACCUGGCACAGUGCUUGAAAGCCUCAAGGUCUCCAGGUCUACAGGGCUCUGGCAUCGAUAUUAUAGCAGAUUUUAGCCGACCUACGUAUUCACGAUUAUUUUUUCUUCCUUAUACCGGCACAGAAUAUUUAGUCGCGCGGCAGUACGGCGCUGUCCUUUAUCGUUCUUCACGACAAGAGGCGCCAUCUAGUGUGCGAUGGACAAUCCGGCAUUAUACCGCGAGCAGGGCCACGGGUCUCUGCAACAAGUCUGCGCGCUUGUUGAACCGCUGGCUAUGGACGAGGAGGAUGACAAUGACGAUGAGAACAAAGAGCGCGGUAACUGGAGCGGCACGUUAGCUUUCUUCCUGUCAUGUCUCGGCUACGCCGUUGGUCUUGGCAGCGUGUGGAGAUUCCCCUACCUCUGCUACCGGAAUGGAGGAGGUGCGUUUUUCAUACCGUACCUGAUCAUGCUGUUCUUCGUGGGACUGCCGCUGCUAUACCUGGAGCUAUCUCUCGGACAGUUUGCAAGCCUUGGACCGAUCGGGGUGUUCCGAAAGAUUUCACCUGUGUUUCACGGUGUCGGGUAUGCGAUGGUGCUGCUAACGGCGUUGUCAACCAUCUAUUAUAACGUCAUUAUAGCGUGGAGCCUCUACUACCUGUUUGCAUCCUUCCAGAAGGUUCUACCGUGGUCGGGCUGCCAUAACGAAUGGAACACAGACUCCUGCUGGUCAAAAUCAGAAGAAGAAGAAUGCAUGAAGAGUAACGGCACCUACCACGCACGUCGGUGUUAUCUGAAUCUCACAUCAGAGGAAGCGAAUGCUUGCGACCAGCUGUCGAACAAUGAAAGCAGUCUGCGCACAUCAGCAAGCGAGGAAUACUACAAGUACAAGAUGCUUGGCCUCACGACCAGUAUCGAAGACUAUGAGGGAGGUCUCAAGUGGGAUCUGUGUCUCUGUCUGCUACUAAACUGGAUCCUAGUCUACUUGUGUCUCAUUAAGGGCAUCAAGAGCUCCGGCAAGAGCGCUGAUCACUUGCGGGCGCAGCAAAGAAUCCGCUUCUACAUACACCAGAUCUGGAGCGUGCUCACUAAAAUUCCCAGGUAUCGUGGGGUGAUCAUGCAGUUUAUCAACACUCACAGUCUGUACGCGCGGCGGAUUCAAUGCGUUGAUUAUUCCCUUACAGGUCUUGGCAGGGACUCAUGCGUUGAUAUUCCACUCAGGUACGUGGGGGAUCCAAGUUGUUGUAUCACACUCAAGGUGUGGGUGGACGCAGCAGGACAGGUAAUCUUCACGCUAGGUGUCGCCUCUGGCGGCAUGUUAACGCUGUCGAGUUACAGUCGCUUCAGAAACAACUGUGUACGUGAUGCUUUUAUGUUAGCGCUUGGAAACUGCACAAUGAGCUUCUUCGCUGGAAAUCGUCAUCUUCUCCAUCUUGGUCACAUGGCCUACGACCUUGACAAGGAUGUGAGUGAGGCGCCCAUAGUGGUGCGUGAAUUAUACUUUAUCUAA